AUGUGCCCAGUCGCCAAAAACUCGCUCAUCAACUUAAACAUGAAUGCAAGCGACAUUUCAAUUACCGAAGACGAUGUCUUUUGCUUGUCAAACCGAACGUCGACGUAA